CGCGCUGCGCCUUUAAUGCCCCACACGUCCUCCUCCCCUUGCAGGCAGACGCCGGGAUUGCACGGCCCUGGGGACCAGCGAGCCAGAACGUUGUGCGCGUGCGCAGUCGGGAAGCGCACGGGUCGCUCAGCGGGGGCCGCGACCAGGAUGGCGUGCGCUCCGGCGGCCCUCGGUCCCCGCGCGCUCUGGGCCGUCGCCUGGGGACUCCUGCUGCUGGUCCCGGUUCCUGCCGGGGCGCAGCGGGGCAGGAAGAAAGUCGUGCACGUGCUGGAGGGCGAGUCCGGCUCCGUGGUGGUGCAGACUGCGCCCGGGCAGGUGGUGAGCCACCGCGGGGGCACCAUCGUCUUACCCUGCCGGUACCAUUAUGAGGCGUCCGCCCACGGCCAAGACGGCGUCCGCCUCAAGUGGACGAAGGUAGUAGAUCCUUUGGCCUUCGCCGAUGUCUUCGUGGCCCUGGGUCCCCAGCACCGAGCCUUCGGCCCCUACCGAGGGCGGGCUGAGCUGCAGAACGACGGCCCUGGGGACGCCUCUCUGGUCCUCCGAAAUGUCACCCUGCAGGACUAUGGACGCUAUGAGUGCGAGGUCACCAAUGAGCUAGAGGAUGACGCCGGCAUGGUCAAGCUGGACCUGGAAGGCGUGGUCUUCCCCUAUCACCCGCGCGGAGGCCGCUACAAGAUGACUUUCGUGGAAGCACAGCGCGCGUGCGCCGAGCAGGAUGGCAUUCUGGCGUCGGCCGAGCAGCUGCACCAGGCCUGGCGCGACGGCCUGGACUGGUGCAACGCGGGAUGGCUACGGGAUGGCUCGGUGCAGUAUCCAGUGAGCCAGGCCCGGGAGCCCUGCGGCGGGGCUGGGAACCCUGGGGCCGGUGGAGGCACCAACGGCGGUGUGCGCAACUAUGGAUACCGCCAUAACGCGGAGGAACGCUAUGAUGCCUUCUGCUUCACGUCCAACCUCCCCGGCCGCGUGUUCUUCCUGAAGCCUCUGCGGCCGGUGGCCUUGGCCGGGGCGGCUCGCGCCUGCGCGGCGCGGGGUGCAACGGUGGCCAAGGUCGGGCAGCUGUUCGCCGCGUGGAAGCUGCAGCUGUUGGACCGCUGCACUGCAGGCUGGCUGGCCGAUGGCAGCGCGCGCUACCCCAUCGUGAAUCCGCGAAUUCGCUGCGGGGGCCCUCGGCCGGGCGUGCGCAGCCUGGGUUUCCCCGACGCCUCCCGACGCCUCUUCGGCGUCUACUGCUACCGCGCCCCAGGUGCCCCAGACCCGGCUCCAGGAGGCUGGGGCUGGGGUUGGGCGGGCGGAGGAGGCUGGGCGGGAGGGUCGAGGGACCCGGCUGCCUGGACUCCGCUGCGUGUCUAGGACCGCGAAGAUGGGCAUUUGGGGAUGUUGGUGGCGGAUCCAGGGGCCCUGCAUACUCCCUGGAGACAGACUAUGCACCAGAGAUCCCUUGGAUACACGACACACCUCUGUGGUGCGCUGCAGGCUGACUCAGCUACCUGUGGUCUUUGGACACUGACCACGCCUUCUGAGGUCUUCUGGAUACGUGACAUACCUACCCUGCAGUGCGCUGCAGACUGACCCAAUUGUUGAGGUCUCUGACUAUGCCGCCCUCUGAGAUACCCUGAUAGUGGCCAAGCCCACUUCUUUGGAUAAUGGAUGUCCCAUCUUCCAGACUUUGUCUAGAAGAGCCACGCUCUCUCCCAACCCCCAGGAUCCCAGUAGACCAGCAGGACCCCCACGGUUUCCUAAAGACGAGCCACCCUUCUGUGGCCUCCUGGAAAACAGUCCCCCUCACUUACCUGGAGGCUGGACCCCCAGGAUUAACUGGAGACUGGCCACACAAAGCCUCUGCGUUUCCCAGGAGCUGGAAAACUGGUCUUGGACAGUCAGCUGUUCACUGACUUCUCCCCAUCACUUGGUGAAGAAACAGAAAACUGUGGGUCACAAGGUGACCAUGCCCUGUGCUGGCAGGUAACCCAAAGGCUGUGUAUUCCCACUCUUCCAGAGAGUCUCUUUAAGUUUCCAAGGUAAUAUACCUUGUCCCCCGUCGCUGUGGAGGACAGCCCCAACACCUCUGGCUUCAUGGGAGAAUGUCCCCAGCUGGCUCCCAGGAACAGUGGCCAUGCCUACCCCUCAGGUAUCUCUCUGGCCAGAGAGUAGACUCGCCUGAAUGUCCCUUCCCAGGCUCCUUGGGGCUGUCACCAAAGAGAUCAUUCCCUCAGACCUGAAACCCCUAAAAAAGUCUCACUUGCUGUGGAAACACGCUGCUCGGCCUCGUAAGGUGACAAAGGUCACUCGUGCACCCACCCCUAGGUCUCACCUAUCACACCCACCGAGACGGUGCAUCCUCCUUCCUCUGUAACCAUGGGUACCACACUUUUCCUUUCUCACUGGCCUAGAGCCCAGACACCUACCACUCCUUUUCUGGCUGUCCCCAUCCUGAUGGACCACUGUGGAGACCAUCGUCCCCAAUGAGUGUCCUCAGGGUGACCUAGCAUUCAUUCCUCCAGGCCUCUCCAUGGAAACAAGCUGCCCCUUUCCCGAGGUGCAUCUCCGGCUCUUCUCAGCUGUCCAAGCCCCACCCCCAGACAGCUUGUACCUCACAGUUGUUGCCAUGGAGACCAAACUCUGGUGUCCAAGGUAACAGAACACCUGUCCCUCCAAGGCUUUCCCUCCAGGGUCCUGUCCUGCCCAGCUGUCGCCAUAGAGACCAUCAGUGUCUCCAUGACAACUGACCUGCAGCUCUCAGGAACUUCUUGCCAUGGGCAGAGUACCUCUCACUGGAGCUGCCUGCUGUGUUCCUCAGGGGCCUGACAAAUGUCCCUUCUUCAGAUGGGCCCAGACAAGGCUCUGCUGCCGGAGCAGCUGUCUGCCCGGCUCGUUUGCACGUUAACUCUAUGCCAGGCAGCAGCCGAGCCCAGCCACCGCCCUGUAAAUGAUCGCCCUGCAGGUGAGGAGACAGGCUGUGGUACCGCACACAGCCCACACAGCCAGGGCUUUCCUUCCCUGGAGGUGAAGAAGGGUGGAAUGUGCCUGGAACCACCAAACAGUUUCGGGGGGCCCUCGUGUGCUCCGGGGUCAGGACCGCAUUCACAGACCGUGUAGACAGCAUCCCAGAUGCCGGGGCUCCCAGCUCCGAGGAGCCGCUCGGAGCAGCAGGUACCCUUGCUGGUGGCCUCUUGCCUGCCCCAUCUAUUUCUGCAAAACCCAUCUCUGAGUCUGGAAGCCGGUGGCCGUGGGCUUUGGUUGUAAAAUGUUUGACCAAGUGACAGAACUCGUCUAGGCUGUUUUCUUUGAACCAGGAUUGUUCUGAGGUCCCACAGUGCAACCGCCCUGUGUUCAAUAAACCUUUGUUCCUUUUGAUGAAUGAGAAA